AGCUCAGUUCUCUGUGCAUCCCGCUCGCCAGCCACACUCGCUCACAGCCAGGAUGGCAUCCUGUGUGGCCCUGCGCAUGGCACUGCUGCUCGUCUCGGGGGUCCUGGCCCCUGCAGUGCUUACAGCCGAGGGUCCGCAGGAGCCCGCGCCCACCCUGUGGAACGAGCCCGCAGAGCUGCCGUCGGGAGAAGGCCCGGCGGAGAGCACCAGUUUGGGCCAGGAGCCCGCGGUCACCGGUCCCCCGGCCCCCACCGCCGCGCCGGGUCCGGAGGACAGCACAGCGCGGGAGCGGCUGGACCAGGGCGGUUCCGUUUAUUCUUUCUGUUGA